GUAUCAGCCAAUGAGAAGGAGCUUUAUUCACCAAAGCCGUGACGUGGCCGCGGCGCAGCAGUUGUCUGCUAGCUAGCUAGUUUGCUAACGAGAGAGAAGAUGCAUUCUCCAAUACUGGGACCGUCCUUGUACACCGUCAAAGCAGUUCUGAUUCUGGACAACGAUGGAGACAGGCUGUAUGCCAAGUAUUAUGGUGAUGGAUACCCAUCGGUGAAAGAGCAGAAGGCGUUGGAGAAGAACAUAUUCAACAAAACCCACAGGACGGACAGUGAGAUCGCUUUACUCGAAGGCCUCACUGUUGUCUACAAGAGCAACAUUGACCUUUUCUUUUAUGUAAUCGGAAGUUCUCAUGAAAAUGAGCUUAUGCUCAUGGCAGUUCUAAACUGCCUUUUUGAUUCGCUCAGUCAGAUGUUGAGGAAGAAUGUAGAGAGAAGGGCUUUGUUGGAGAAUAUGGAGGGGCUCUUCUUGGCUGUGGAUGAAAUUGUAGAUGGAGGGGUGAUUCUGGAGAGUGACCCACAGCAAGUUGUGCACCGCGUGGCUCUCAGAGGGGAUGAUGUGCCUUUGACAGAGCAGACAGUCACCCAGGUUCUUCAGUCUGCCAAAGAACAGAUCAAGUGGUCGCUCCUGCGAUAAAGUCCCGUCCGCACCAGUCUACCAGUGGGCCGCAGUUCAGCCCAGUCCUCGUGGCACUGAUCCGCAUACUCCAUUUCCUCUGAUUUCCACUCCUUCAAUUAAAGCUGUGAGGAGUACGGCUGGCUAGUCUCACUGGAUUACUGCUUGACAACGUUUUUUUAAUUUCCAAUAUUUGUUUUUUUUGUGUGUAUGAUGAUGAUGUCGUACAUUCCAUCACUGCCUUAUUGGUUGGUUCUUUUCAUAAAGGCCUCUGGGUGUUAAUUAAGCCAGUGAAUUGGUCUCACGUCUAAACGUCAUCGAAGCCUGUUGCCACAUUCCUUGUGUAUCCUUGAGCAAAGUUUAUCCCAUUUGACAGCAUCGUCAUCUUACUUUACAAAGUAUUGAAGCACUGUCUGUCUUUCAAUUACAUGAUUGUUGUGAUUUAAAUAAGGAGAACAACUUGUACUGUAGUCAUACCAAUAAUAACAAAGGUGUGUUGUCAAUAUAUUUUGGAUCUUUUACAUUCAUACUCGGAUAAAUGAUAAAGAUACUUAAUAAAUAAAUAAAUAAAUAUUUGUUGACACCAAAA